AUGUCGUUACUGCGUAAUCUACUCGUUAAUAUCUCCAAACAGGGCGACAUCCUUCAACAAUUUCUCGGUGAUGACAUAGGCCACCUAUUCGAGCCUACACCAUGGAAGACAUAUGACAAGGAACUUCCACCCCGAGGGGCCUGGGAAGCUUCUCAAAAGAUCAUAGCGGACUGUGAAGCACUAAUCGCCUUGCUCACGCCCACCAAAAUCAAACUGGUGACCGAAUGUGUCGCGAACAACAGUACCGUUGCGUUGGGAGUGGCGGCGGACUUCAAAAUCGCAGACAAAAUCAUCGAAAGUGGAGGAGAAUCGUCGCUCAGCCACCUCGCCAAGGUGUGCAAUACGGAUGAGCACAAAUUGGGCUCGGUCAUGCAUCUUCUUUGUCAUCGCCAUAUCUUUGUUGAAGUUGCCCCGGAUGUCUUCCGUAACAAUCGGCACAGCUACGAGUUGCGGUCUGAGACGGGGGCGACUGGAAUGAUGCUGAUAGAGACCGAAGAGGGCUAUCAAGCGGGCCUCGGCUGGGUCCCUGCUAUGAAAGACCCGAUCAAUAAGCACGACAUUGAUCCGGGGAAAGGCGCGUUUGCAAAGGCCUUUGGUGUUGACAUCGGCGUCGUCCCAUGGCUGAGCACCCUCGAGGGCUCGAAGAGAAUGGAAAAAUGGGCAACUGGUGUCCCGUGGUUGAGCAGCAUCACCGUUGUGGCGACCCGGACAGACUUACCCUGGGAUUCUUACGGGGCUACUCUCUGUGAUGUCGGGUGUGGCCCGGGGAGCGUGUCUUUGGACGUAAAGAAGAAGUAUCCUCACCUCAACAUCGUUUGUCAAGACCUCGAGCCCAUGAUCCCUGUCAUAAAAGAAACAUUCAAAGGCUAUGAAGACGAGAUUGCGGCUGGUCGGAUCAAGAUCGAAGCCCACGACUAUUUCACCCCGCAAACAACCGUCGCUGAUGUCUACUGGCUUCGUGGUGUCGUUCGUGACUACGAAGACGACGUCUCAGCCGAGAUCCUGCGUCAAUUAAUCCCGGCCCUUAAGAAGAAUCCUAGGGCUCGAGUCCUCGUGAAUGAACUUAUUGUCCCCAGACUGAUCACACCACCAAGUACAGCCAAUGCUCCAGCCUCUCAACACCUCCCGGCAGAACAAUCGGCAUACCCAAGUACCUGCCACGUGAUGUCGCUAAGCACCAUGGUGUUGAUGGGUGGCAAGGAGAGGACAUUUUCAGACAUUGUGAAGAUCGGGGAGAAAGCGGGACUGCGUUUCCGCCGAUUCCACCAAUUCAGGAUGUUUACUGGAACGGUCGAAUUCGAGUUGGCCCGAGAGACCGGAAGGAGGGGGUCACAUCUUUCCCUCGAAGACAGUGCGCCCGUUCUCUCAGAUCUGCACAAACUCGGCGUGCUUGAAGAAGUGAAGAAGGUAUGUUUCGCCGACGAACGAGCCGUUUGGGGAUGGCGGAAGCUAGGAGGCGAGCUUUUAGCCGAGAUGCAUUGGGGAUUGCUGUCGAAACGGAACGACCCACGACUGGUCAAACCCUACACGCUGCAAUGCGGACAGCACCUCCUGGCGAAAGUGCUGACCGAAUAUUGCUCACACUUCCCCACCACAACGGUCCUCUUCGACCAUGCACUCGUGGGGCUGACUCAGGAUGAAUCUUCCGUAGCGGCCCAAGUGUCUCCGUCGGGCGGCGAACCAUUUGAGAUCAAAGCUGACUGGGUUCUGGGUUGCGACGGCGGACGGUCGGCGACGAGGAAAUUCAUCGGCCAAUCCCUCGAGGGGUUCUCCUGGCCUGAGAGCUUUGUCGCCAUGAACAUCCAUUUCCCCUUCCCCAAGUAUGGCUGGGGGGCGGCGAACUUCUUGAUUGGAGGGAAGGAGUGGGCAGUUUCUGGCCGCACAGGACCGAGCAGUGACCCUUGGAGAGUGGCGUAUGCGACCGACGCAGGCAAAUCUGAUGAGCAGAUCCUCGAGGAGGCGCCUUCACGCCUCAAGAAGAUCCUGCCUGGAGACGAUCCUUACGAGAUCGUCAACUGUUCUCAAUACCGAGUACACCAGCGCCAAGUCAAUGAAUACAAAGUUGGGCGCGUGAUAUUGGCCGGAGACGCGGCGCACCUGAACAACCCCAUCGGCGGAUUUGGAUUGACCACGGGCAUGACAGACGCAGGAUGCAUCUCCGACGCUCUGAUACUGGUCAUCCAAGGUAAAGCGCCUGAAACACUGCUGCAGAGAGCGUGCGAGAAACGAAAGGAGGUCUUCGCCACUGUGAGCAACCCGGGUUCUCAACGUUUUAAGCGCCUGGCAGAGCAGGACCCUGACAACAUGUCGGAGGAGGACAAGGAGUUCUUUCACCGUAUCAACACAGACGAGGAAUUCCAGGUUGCUACUCUUCUUGGGGUUAUGCGCUUGUAUACGCCCGUAGAAGACUUGUUGGAGGACGAGCUCGCUGACAAGGAAAUGGCCGUUUAG